UUACCUAGGAGAGCCCCACUUGGUGGGAGACUCACUCGGAUUCAUCACUGUGACCUCUCGUAUUUCAUUUUGAACGGUUUUGCCUGGAGAUUAACCCAUGAGUUACUUCUAAGCAAACCGUUUCUGACCUCCAGCAAGGCUGUGAAAGGAGGUGGGAGGGGCGCAGAUGAGGGCUUUGCCUUCCAGCCACAAACUGGAAUUUUUCCAGCACUGAUGAAAUGGAAAUGGCCCUGGAAUUACAGGAGGCAGGACUAUUGCUUUUCUGCGCGGACGUUCAUCCACUAUUAGCGCCUGUGCCCAGCUGGGUAUAUAUUGAGUAAAGCUUUGCUCUUGCUCUUACGGAGUGGGUAAUCCGCUGGAGGAGAGAGAUGUAGAAGAAAUAAUUUCAGUGGAGUCAGCGCUGAUUUUAGCUCCUCACCAGCAGCGCUUUGUUUCGUGGGACCUUCCCCACAAAGUGCGGAACCUAAGUGUUCAAAGGUUGAGUUUCCGGAGUGGCGGGCCAACUUGAGCGGCGCACUGUCAAGAUGGCGGCUGGGCUGCGGAAACGCGGCCGGGAGGGUUCCGCGGCCCAGCCGGGAGGAUUCUGCAGACACUGGCUACAGCGUGCCUGGCAAGAGCGGCGCCUACUUCUGCGGGAGCCUCGUUACACGCUCCUAGUGGCCUCCUGCCUCUGCCUGGCGGAGGUGGGCAUCACCUUCUGGGUCAUUCACAGGGUGGCAUACACAGAGAUUGACUGGAAGGCGUACAUGACCCAGGUGGAAGGCGUCAUUAAUGGCACAUAUGACUAUACCCAACUUCAGGGUGACACUGGACCGCUUGUCUACCCAGCUGGCUUUGUGUACAUCUUUAUGGGGCUGUACUACGCCACUGGCCAGGGCACCAACAUCCGCAUGGCCCAGCACAUCUUCGCUGUGCUCUACCUGGCCACGCUGCUGCUUGUUUUCCUGAUCUACCAUCAGACCUGCAAGGUACCGCCCUUCGUCUUUUUCUUCAUGUGCUGCGCCUCCUACCGCGUCCACUCCAUCUUUGUGCUGCGGCUCUUCAAUGAUCCUGUGGCCAUGGCUCUACUCUUCCUCAGCAUCAACCUCUUCCUGGCCCAGCGCUGGGGCUGGGGCUGCCUCUUUUUCAGCCUGGCGGUCUCUGUGAAGAUGAACGUGCUGCUCUUUGCCCCCGGGUUACUCUUCCUGCUCCUUACACAGUUUGGCUUCCAUGGUGCCCUCCCCAAGCUGGGCAUCUGUGCUGUCCUUCAGUUGGUGCUGGGUCUGCCCUUCCUCCUGGAGAACCCCGUGGGCUACCUGUCUCGCUCCUUUGACCUUGGCCGCCAGUUUCUCUUCCGGUGGACAGUGAACUGGCGCUUCCUCCCAGAGGCGCUCUUCUUGCACCGCGCCUUCCACCUGGCCCUGCUGGCUGCCCACCUCAGCCUGCUUGCACUGUUUGCUCUCUGCAGGUGGCACAGGACCGGAGAGAGUAUCCUGUCACUGCUGAAGGAUCCCUCCAAAAGGAAGGUCCCACCCCAGCCUCUCACGCCCAAUCAGAUCGUUUCUACACUUUUCACCUCCAACUUCAUUGGCAUCUGCUUCAGCCGCUCCCUGCACUACCAGUUCUAUGUCUGGUACUUCCACACACUUCCCUACCUCCUGUGGGCCACGCCUGCAGGCUGGCUCACACACCUGCUCAGGUUGCUGGUGCUUGGGCUCAUUGAGCUCUCCUGGAACACCUAUCCAUCCACGUCCUGCAGCUCAGCCGCCCUGCACGUGUGCCAUGCUGUUAUCCUGCUGCAGCUGUGGCUGGGCCCUCAGCCUUUCCCCAAGAGUGUUCGUCACCGAAGGAAGGCCCACUGAGGCCUGGGCCUACCCUCCAGUCCACUUGGGACAGGGACUAGACUCUGCCCUUCUGAAUAAACCUGGCCACAUUCACCUCUGUGCUGCUACGUGGAGUUGGGGACAGCUGGCUCCUGGCAAAACUUCAGGACAUAGACCCAGCAGAAAAAGCACUCAGCACUGGGAAGAUCAGGCAGAAGGCUCAUGAGUUUAAGCCCUCUCUGGGUCACUUAAUGAGGCCCUGCAGCAAAAUAAAACGGGCUGGGGCCGUAGCUCAGUGCAAAGACAGGGUUCACCCUCCAGGGCUGUGGAAACAAAAUGAUAAAGGCU